AUGAAGCUUUUCGUUUUUGUCGCGUUUCUUGCUGUGCUGGUCACCAUAGUUUCAGCGAAGGAAGACCAUGAAAUUUUCGAUUUGGUCACUGCUCUUGAAGCAUCCGAGGGGAAGGGCACCACAUUUUACUCUUGGCUGGAUGUGCCUUCGACGGCGACCCUUGUUGAGAUUAACAAGGCAUACAGGAAGAAAAGCAUACAGCUCCAUCCUGAUAAAAAUCCUGGUGUGAAGGGCAUCCAUGAAAAAUUCGCGCGUCUGGGAAUCAUUGCAACCAUUUUGAAAAAUACCGAUGGACGUAAGCGGUAUGACUUCUUUUACAAAAAUGGUGUACCGAAAUGGAGAGGUUCGGGUUAUUACUAUGCGCGGUUCAGGCCAGGCCUAGGGACUGUCCUGGUAUUUCUCACCAUCCUCACAUCCGGGCUUCAAUAUCUUGUUCAGACAUUGAAUUACAAACGGGAUCUGAGGCGCAUUGAGCUUGCAAUACGGGACGCCAGACUUGCGGCUUGGGGCCCAAAGAUGGAACCACUCCAAGGAAAACGAAAGGUUAAGGUCAACCUUGGCGGAGGUCCUCGUCAAGACGAAGACGGCAAUAUUAUUGCCGGAAAAAUGAUUGAUAUGGUCGUAGAACAAGAUAACGUAUUCAUUCUGGAUCCCUCGGGUAGUCUGCACCUCCUGGAUAUAAAUUCGGCUACGCCUGCGGCGAUUUCAAGAACAUGGUUUAUCGAGGUAUUGAUCAGCAGCACUCGUAAAUUCUCCUACUUCAAAGAAGACUCCUCGAAAGAAGUGGAUAACGAGCAAAGUGCCUCCAUUGUUGACAGACCGGACUCUUCUGGGAGUGGAGGAAGCGAGGGUGAAGAACCUCGACGGGCAGACUAUGUUGCAGCAGUGAAAGCCGGUGGGAGAAGAAGAAAGGCGACGAGGAAGCGGUGA